AUGGGCGGCGCCAUGCCCGCGGCGCCCGCCGGCGGCCUGGGCGGCGGGUGGGCGGCGGCGCUCGACGCCGCCAAGCUGAAGGUGCGGAGCGAGCUGACCCUGGACGGCUGGCGGAAGUACGGCUUCGCCUCCGCGCGCGCGGCCGAGUUCGAGGCCCUCCGCGCCGCCGUGGCGGACUGCAGCCCCCCGGGCGCCGUGCCGCGGGAGGCGUGCGCAAACCUGACGGUGGAGGAGUUCUGGGACAAGUACGAGCGCAGGCGCCUGCCCUGCAUCAUCUCGGGGGUCCCGGAGGCGGAGGGCUGGGCGGCGUGGACGAAGUGGGAGUGGCCCGACUUCUUUCGGCGCUUCGCGGCGGCCCGGCUGAAGGUCGGCAAGGACGACAAUGGCGCCGCCGUGCGCGUGAGGGUGGACGACUUCGAGCGCUACAUGCGGGCCGACUGCGCUGGCGACGACAGCCCCGUGUACCUGUUCGACAACAAGUUCCAGGGCGUGGGCGAGGAGUUCCUCAAGGAGUUUAAGGUGCCGUCGUACUUUCCCGACGACUACAUGGCGAUGGCCGGUGAGGACGACCGGCCGCCGUACCGGUGGAUCGGCGUCGGGCCGCGCCGGAGCGGCACGAUCAUGCACACGGAUCCGCUGUGCACGAGCGCCUGGAACACGCUGAUCCGGGGGAGGAAGCUGUGGCUCCUGCUGCGGCCCAGCACCCCGAAGAAGAUCGCAAAGGGCAAGGACGUCAUGAGAAAAGGCGACGACGAUGAGGCCAUCAACCAUUUCCUGGACCUCCUGCCCCGGAAGCUUGCGCAAAACGACCCGAGCUUUCAGCCUAUCUUGUGCGUGCAGCAUCCAGGGGACACGAUAUUCGUGCCGGGCGAGUGGUGGCACUGCGUCGUCAACUUGGACGACACCAUUGCUGUCACGCAGAAUUAUUGCGGGCGCAACAAUUUCGCCGACAUCUGGCGCAGCGCCAGAGAAGAGAGGCCGUGCUGGAGCCACAAGUGGCUGAGGGCAAUGGCCAAGGCGCAGCCCAGCCUGGUGACGGAGGCGCUGAGACUAAACCAGCAGGACGGAUUCGACAUGGCGGCCAUGCGAGACAAGAACAGGGCGCGCAAGCGGCGGCAGGUGGAGCGCCGCGACCAGAGGGCCCUGCGGCGCCUGAGGGCCCGCAACCGGCACCUGGACGAGGUGGAUUCGGGGCCAGCUGGAGCGAACCGCGUCGGCCUCGCCGUCGGCGGCAGCGUCGAGGCCGCCGGCUCCCCCGUCGUGAUGCGGCAGAUCGUGUUCAGCCACGGGCAGAGCGUCCCUCCGCUCCGGCUCGGCGACGCGCGCCACUGGCUGCAGCGCCUGCCGGACCCGGCGCUCGGCGGGGCUAUGGACCGCUGCACGGUCGUCAUGCCCCGCCCCGGCGACGGCUGGUACGCGCCGCCGCAGGGCGCCGGGGGCUUCCCCUGGGGCGAGCUGACGGAGCGGGGCGCGCAGGAGAUGCGGGGCAGGGGCCGCCAGCUCUUUGCCGGCCAGGGGCUCCCUCGCUUGCGCCUCUCUGAGCGGGCGACCGUGCUGGCCGUGAACAGCCCGCGCUGCAUCGCCUCGGCGCAGGCGCUCGUCUUGGGCGCGCAGGACGCGGAGGAGGACGCCGCUGGUGGCGGCGGAGCAGGGGCCGGCCCCAGGCCGGUGGAGGAGGUGGUGGCCCGCAUGGUGGCGGGCCGCAAGGCUGCCGCGGCGCGGCGCAAGUUGGCCCAGUUCUUGUGCUUCGCGCGCACCCGCCAGCCCAUCCAGCAACCAGCGUUGCAGGCGAAGGCCAACAACCUCAAUGUUGUCAUAGGGUGGAUGCAUGAAUGGGAUGAAACGAAGCAGUGGCUUAAGAGUUUGACUAAUCAGCCAGGGAGGAACAAGACGAGGUCUGACGCACUCGCUGCUCUCGCGGCGCUCACGCCAGCCAGGUUCCAGCAGCAGAGCUCUGGUGACAUCAUCGCGCAGUCAGGCCGGUUGUUGGUCAAAGUAUUUCACCCCGAGGACGGGGAGGUGAUUGCGCUCGACGUGCCAUGGCGUUAUCCUCCAAUGAACAUCGCUGGCAAGGGCCACGAUUAUGCAUUGGCCGCCUUGGCCAAAGGAAUGGCCAUCAACAUGCAGAACGAUGACAUCCAUGUGCUUAGCGGCAAACCCCGCCAGUGCGCCAUCGGAGCACGGAUGUUCUGGGUGGUUGCACAGUUCUCCCGCGCAGCGUCCUCCAACGUGGCAGCGAUGAGCGUCACGCGCCGGAGGGUGGAAGACACGCUCCCGUCAAGAUUCCCUUGGGAUGAAGAGUUCUGCGAACUACACAAUUGCAACAAUUUGAAGGCCGAGAAUGCAGAAUAUGUGAGAAUGGCAUCCACCUUCUACGGCCUUUCGAACCUGAUGCGUAGCAGCGACAACGUGAUCACGUGCGUGCGCCUGCUGGACGCGUUCAUCCGGACUCGCCUGGUCUUCAACCCUGCUGGCCAGGAGGUGGGCCCAGACGUCAAGGACAUGAACCUGGCUUUGGCGAGCAGCCUCUUCGACCUCGAUGCCCGACACCACCUCCGUCGGGAUAAGGAAGGAGCCGCGCCCUCCGAAGUCCGAGCUGCCCCCAUGGCCCGCGGCGUCCUCGACAGAAUCUUCAUUGGCAACGAGGUUGGAAGGGGCCACCUGUUCGAAGAUAUCCUCGGCAUUCUGGCGCUUGAGGCUGGCCCCAUCGAGGGUCGCGACAUUGUGCACAUUUGCUCUGUGGAUCCUUUUUCUGGGCGUCGUUGUUGUGCAGAUCGGGGUGAAUGCGUUGAUAAGUUCGUGCGAACCUACACCGCAUUCUGGUUCGGAAGAUCGUGGCCUAUCCCAGCUACUGCCAGAUUCACAAAUACAAAGAUCAAUUCGAACCUCGUCUGUUUCGGCUUCAUGCUGCACCAGGUCCUGCCCGCCAUGCUUCACCCGUCCAACGUGGGCCCAGAGGCCGGUGUCGACUUUUACCAAGUCGGCGUCGGCAUGUCUGAUUAUCAAAUCGUCCACUGGGUGCGGAAGAGAAAGGUCCACGAAGCCUUAGUGGUGGACAGAGGCGCGAAAUUCCAGAUGUUCGUUAUGAAUAUCGCCAGUGACCCUUUGGAUCGUUUGACUUACUGCAUCUUCGGGGAUAAAGAUAUUGGACCGCUGACCUUGCACAAACUCAUAUCUCCUCAUGAUGGUAUCAUUGGUCGCACCAGGCAGAAGUUCCUCGACAUGUUCCGAGAGUGGGCCGCCCCCGACUCGCAGAUUUGGCUCGGAUUGCUCAGGGUCUUGAACGGUCGGAGGGUCUUAGCCGCCUGCCGCAAAGCCUGGAACUUGAAGACAUUCGCCUGUAGGCUCUACCUCGACAGCAUGCGAGAGCGGCAUCAGGCAGCUGGCGGCCACAAGGUGUGGAGGAAACCUGGGGACGCGCCGAAACGGGCGGCUGAUGCGGCCCCAUGGGAGUCGGUGCCAAAGCUGAUGGACACUCUGCCGCGCCUCCAUUCCAUUUGUGAUGCCGAGGGCCAGUGCGAGGCCGAAUCAGCAGUGGCGCUGCGAGCGGCGCCGAUGGCCGAGGACGACGGCGACGCUUUCCGCCGACAGUCAGGUCGCAAGAGGGCCCACUGCAAGAUAGCUGGCCUGAACCCGAAAUUGUACGCUUACAACCAGCGCAUGGAGGCCGCGAAGAAGCUGAAGGGGGCCACGCUGACGGACGGCGAGAUGGCGCGGAUCAGGCAGGAUGUCGACGCAGAUUUUGGCGACCCCGUUCUGGUUGCAUACAUGGAGGACAACUACAAGAAGUAUUGCCACGGCGUUUGGACAGGCGACGCCAGCGUCGCUGCCGGUGGGCGGCAGAAGUUCGAGGUGUUGAAGGAUGGCCUGUCGAAUAUCGUCGACGAGGUUGGCUCUAAGAUCGCCAAGUUCGGCGAGUUGAUGCUGAUGGUGACCAUGUCUUUCCCUCACAAUGCUCACGCGAAGUACAAGCACGUUUUUAUCACUUGCGCGGUGCCGACAUUCCGGCCGAGAGUGCAGGUGUGGGUGAAAUCGAGUUUGACAACCGACGAGGUCGGUUCUUGCCCAGUUGAGGUCGACGCCGAGACAGAGCACAUUGCGUUGCCUUUCUUUCUGAACUUAUUGUCGCGGCCUUGCCUGAUCAAGUCCGACUUCAUGUCGUUGUCAGAACUCACUGGCGAAGACCUUGCGUUGGAGAUCGCCACCGCCCCUGGCUGCCGCUCCGUUGUCGCCAGGCAGUUGGAGUACGAUGUGAUGGAGGAGAUCUUCGUGGUGAAGGUCGGCCGCGUGGGGGACGCCAUCACUCUGUGGGAACCUGGGCAGCGGGCGCCAUACAAGAAGGCACCACCUCCAACAUCUGGCUUGGACUUGUUGCCCAAGGGCGACCCUUUCGCACCGCGGGCCAGGAGCGCGGGGCCGCGGCACGCGCCGCCGGUGCCAGCAGCGGAAGGCCCGCCCGCCCCCGCUGACGAGCCAGAGCCAAACUACGAGGAGGCCCUCGCUGACAUCAUCGACGAGGCCUACCGCGUCGCCGUCGAAGAUGGAGGCGACGUUGAGAACUGCUUCGACCAAUCGGAGGAGGCGCUGCACGCGUGGGAGCACGGCCCCGACGACAUUGCUUGGCCAGCCGCUGUGGGCGCCAAGGAGGACGGCGCCAUCGUGCAGGCCACUGGCGCGGUCGAUGAGGAUGAAGGUGGCGUCGGAGGGCCCGCGCCAUCGGCCUGCGGAGCAUCGUCCAGCAGCGGCAGCCCUGCCCCCGAUGUCCCGCCGCCAGCGCCCACCUCGCCGCCCACAGGAGGCGAGGGGGCGGUCGCCGUUGAGAGCGACGAGGUCGUUCUCGCGAGCUUGCGUUGGAUGCCAGCUUUGGAGGGCGGCUACGUGUUCCGCCACGGUGUCUGCAUUGGUCAGUUGUCGCAGUGGAAGACCUCCUUCAGCAUGAGAUGCUACAUGCAUGGGUGCAGGCAUGCUGUGUCGCAGAAGGUCGGCGAGCGAGCGCGCGCGCUCUGGCUCGCCCGAGGCCGGGCCGUGCCGGGCCAUCUGUCCCCUGCUGAGAAGGCGAGAGCGAAAGCGACGCUCAAGGCAGAGCACCUUGCUUGGCCCAAGCCUCGGGCGAACAUGCAAAUGGAGUUCGAAGAACAAGUCGCCACUUGCUUUCGCGCGCAUGCCGGAAGCCAGGAGUUUGUGGCAGCGCUCCCCGCUUGCAAGGACCCUGCGGUUUUCGCUGUUUGUUGGGCGCAGGCAACGGAGCACAAGGGCAGCUGGUGCGACCAGGGCGCCCCCAUCGCACGUCCCAUGAUGAUUAUUCCCAUGGAGGCUACCUGCGUCUCAGAUCCUUGCUGGGAGCACAAUGUAAAAGUGAAUUGGUCGUCAAUGCGUGCUGUUGUUGUCCGACUAGACGUGUCCAAAAAGGCCUUGGACGACAUUGCAGCCAACUUGAGAGAUCUCCAGCGCAAGUUGUGGGCUGUAGUUGCUGAAGCCGACGGCAGGCCGAUGCCGCCGAUGCCAUCGCCAGGCCGUCUCGUUGCGGUGGCGGAGCCGCUACUUCUGUCAAAAGUGGGAGAUCGAGCUGCGUUUGGCAAGGGAUCCAGCAACGCGUCUACGAAGUGGCAUGUGGAUACUAAGGUUGUCGACGGGGCACCGGGCCUGCAUCACUUGCAAGCUGCCGUUCUGCUGAAAGGAUUCAAAGAGUGUCGCGGCUACACCCGCGUUGGUUGCAUCACGAGCCUCUAUCCGCCCACGCAGUACAUCGCAGACAAUUGCAACUUGUCCAGAGCAACGAGGUUCUCCCAACAAAAGCUCGGCGUGGUGAGCAAGCGAUUCAAGAGAGGUUAG